AAACCGUAUCUGUUGGCUGCAACUUGUAAACAAGCCUUAUCUGUUGACUGUACAGACUUUGAACACGAUACUUGCUCCACCUGCUUUUACUCCGCCCUGGUUCCUUUGUGGCGCAACAUCGAGACUUCGCUGAGGAGUUGGUAAUAACGAAAAGGGUAUUGUUAUACGAACCUUAAAGGUCCACAAAGGCAUUUUUAAGGAGCCUCGGUGUACGGUGCUUGGAGUUCCAGUGUCGGACAAGAAGCGACCACCAUAUACGUAAACGUCACGCCAAAUGGUGUGGAAAAGAUGAAUAUCUCACAGAACGACAGCGAUGGAAGUGGACCUCCAGAACUCAGCUGUCUGUCUUUAAAGAGUGACAGGUCCAUAGAUCCACCUCCAGUGUUUAGCCGUAUAGUUCUUUCACCCUUCAAGACAAAGCGGAAUGGUGUGGAAAAGAUGAAUUUCUCACAGAACGACAGCGAUGGAAGUGGACCUCCAGAACUCAGCUGUCUGUCUUUAAAGAGUGACAGGUCCAUAGAUCCACCUCCAGUGUUUAGCCGUGUAGUUCUUUCACCCUUCAAGACAGAGCGGAAUGGUGUGGAAAAGAUGAAUUUCUCACAGAACGACAGCGAUGGAAGUGGACCUCCAGAACUCAGCUGUCUGUCUUUAAAGAGUGACAGGUCCAUAGAUCCACCUCCAGUGUUUAGCCGUAUAGUUCUUUCACCCUUCAAGACAAAGCGGAAUGGUGUGGAAAAGAUGAAUUUCUCACAGAACGACAGCGAUGGAAGUGGACCUCCAGAACUCAGCUGUCUGUCUUUAAAGAGUGACAGGUCCAUAGAUCCACCUCCAGUGUUUAGCCGUGUAGUUCUUUCACCCUUCAAGACAGAGCGGAAUGGUGUGGAAAAGAUGAAUUUCUCACAGAACGACAGCGAUGGAAGUGGACCUCCAGAACUCAGCUGUCUGUCUUUAAAGAGUGACAGGUCCAUAGAUCCACCUCCAGUGUUUAGCCGUAUAGUUCUUUCACCCUUCAAGACAAAGCGGAAUGGUGUGGAAAAGAUGAAUUUCUCACAGAACGACAGCGAUGGAAGUGGACCUCCAGAACUCAGCUGUCUGUCUUUAAAGAGUGACAGGUCCAUAGAUCCACCUCCAGUGUUUAGCCGUAUAGUUCUUUCACCCUUCAAGACAAAGCGGAAUGGUGUGGAAAAGAUGAAUUUCUCACAGAACGACAGCGAUGGAAGUGGACCUCCAGAACUCAGCUGUCUGUCUUUAAAGAGUGACAGGUCCAUAGAUCCACCUCCAGUGUUUAGCCGUAUAGUUCUUUCACCCUUCAAGACAAAGCGGAAUGGUGUGGAAAAGAUGAAUUUCUCACAGAACGACAGCGAUGGAAGUGGACCUCCAGAACUCAGCUGUCUGUCUUUAAAGAGUGACAGGUCCAUAGAUCCACCUCCAGUGUUUAGCCGUGUAGUUCCUUCACCCUCCAAGACAAAGCCGAAUGGUGUGGAAAAGAUGAAUAUCUCACAGAACGACCGCAAUGGAAGUGGACCUCCAGAACUCAGCUGUCUGUCUGUAAAGAGUGACAGGUCCAUAGAUCCACCUCCAGUGUUUAGCCGCAAAGUGCCUCGACGCUACCUGAGUCGUGUUCAGCGUCACUUUGAAUUAACCAGAGAGGACUUUGGUCAAGUUCUGUGGAAAGAUCCUGUUUCCUACACUGAUGGAUACACCCUGCAGAAUGACAUCAUUCUACAGAAGACGUUACAUGAACAUAAGCUGAGUCUGAGUAGAAAACAUGGACAUGUUGUUGAGGGAAUUGAUGAAUCUGGAAGAACUCUCUUUUCCGAGAUCUAUAUUGAGCUUUACAUCACAGAGGGACUUGAUGAAGAGGUCAAUACCCAACAUGAGGUGAGGCAGCUUGAGACAGGUUCCAAAACCAGAACCAUCUCUGACACUCCCAUCAAGUGCUGUGACAUCUUUAAACCACGACCUGACCAGCAGGGACCCAUCAGGGUCGUUCUGACCAAUGGUGUUGCUGGUAUUGGAAAAACCUUCUCGGUUCAGAAGUUUACUCUGGACUGGGCUGAGGGUUUAGAAAACCAGGAUGUGGGUCUGGUGGUUGCCCUUUCCUUUAGGGAACUGAACCUGAUCAGAGAUCAGCAGUACAGUCUUCUCAAACUGCUACACGUUUUCCAUCCAACAUUACAGAAGAUCACACCAGAGAACCUCAAAGACUGUAAACUUCUGUUCAUCUUUGAUGGUCUGGAUGAAAGCAGACUCUCUCUGGACUUCAGGAGCACAGAGAUUGUGAAUGACGUCACACAGAUGUCAUCAGUAAACGUGCUGCUGACAAACCUCAUCCAGGGGAAUCUGCUUCCCUCAUCCCUCAUCUGGAUAACUUCCAGACCAGCAGCAGCCAAUCAGAUCCCUCCUACAUGUUUGGACAGGGUUACAGAAGUGCGUGGCUUCACCGAUACCCAGAUAGACGAGUACUUCAGGAAGAGGUUUAGAGAUGAGGAGCUGUCCAACAGAGUCAUCUCACACAUCAAAGCUUCCCCAAUGCUUCACAUCAUGUGUAGAAUUCCAGUCUUCUGCUGGAUCAGUGCCACAGUUCAGGAGCACAUGUUGACCACAGACAAGAGAGAAGAGCUGCCCAAGACUCUGACUGACCUGUACUCACACUUCCUGUUGGAUCAGAUGAGGAGGAAAAGUAUAAAGUAUCAUGAGGGAAGUAAGACACAGGAGCUCAAUGACACUUACAGAGAUGUUCUCCUAAAGCUGGGGAAGCUGGCAUUUGAACACUUGGAGAAAGGAAAUAUAAUGUUCUAUCAAGAAGACCUGGAGCAGUGUGGUCUGGAUGUCACAGAUGCCUUGGUUUGCUCUGGAGUUUGCACUGAGAUUUUCAUGAGCGAGAGUGUGAUCCUCCAGAAAUCCAUCUACUGUUUUGUUCAUUUGAGUGUGCAGGAGUUUUUGGCUGCAGUCUACAUGUUUCAUUGCUUCAUCAACAGGAAGACAGAUGUACUGCAGGGUUUCUUAAAAGAAGAAUACAAAUCUGUAGAGUCACUCUUACUUCAUCCAUCCAGGUUUGAAACGCUCUUUGGGUAUUUCACAACUACGGCCGAUGCUGAUUUACCGUUGACCAUUUUUCUGACAACAGCCAUGAAGAAAAACCUUAAAAGUGACGGCAGUCACUUAGACCUGUUUGUUCGCUUUCUUCACGGCCUUUGUCUUGAGUCCAAUCAGAGACUUUUGAAAGACCUCAUAGGUCAAACAGAGACCUGUCCAGAAAACAUCCAGAGAAUCAUCAAGAAUCUAAAGGAGAUGAACGUGGAUGAUAUUUCUCCCAGCAGAAGCAUCAACGUCUUUCACUGUCUCACAGAGAUAAAGGACCAAUCAAUGCAUCAGGAGAUCACAAAGUUCCUAAGGUCAAAAAGAAAAUCUCAACACCUCUCUCUAAUCCAUUGCUCAGCUCUGGCCUACAUGCUGCAGAUGUCAGAGACUGUUGUUGAUGAGUUGGACCUGGAAAAGUACAAGACACCAGUGGAAGGCCGACAGAUGCUGAUACCAGCUGUGAGGAACAGCAGACAUGUUCGACUGUCUGGGUGUGAAAUUACAGAGGCUCACUGCGAAAUGGUGGCAUCAGCUUUAAAGUCUGACCCGUCCCACAUGAGAGUGCUCGACCUUAGUGGAAACUACCUGGAGAAUUCCAAAGUGAAGAUCCUCUGUAAUGGCCUGCAGAGCCAACACUGUCAGCUGGAGACUCUCAGGAUGGAUGGGUGUGAUCUGUCAGAGAUCAGCACUAUGUCAGUGAUCUUGACUCUGAAGUCCAAAUCAUUCAACCUUAAAGAGCUAGACCUGAGUAGCAAUCGCCUGAUGGAGGAUGCUGUGAAGGAGUUGUGUGAUUUCCUGCAGAGUGAACACUGUCAACUGCGCUCCCUGAGGUUGGCUGCGUGCAGUUUGUCAGAGUACAGCUGUUCUUUACUGGCCCGGGCUCUGAAGUCAAACCAUUACCACCUGAGAAUACUGGACCUAAGUCACAACCACCUGCAGGACACAGGGCUGAAGGAAAUGUGUGAUUUCCUGCAGAAUCCACUCUGUCAGCUGGAGUAUCUGGGGCUUGCACGUUGCAGUUUGUCAGAGAUCAGCUGUGCCUGUUUAACAUCUGCUCUGGAAUACAAUCCCACCCACCUGAGACACCUGGAUCUGAGAGGGAACGAACUACAGGACUCAGGAGUCAAGCAUCUCUGUGAUUUUCUGCAGAGUCCAGGAUGUGAACUGGAGACUCUGAGGUUGUGGUCUUGCAGUUUGUCAGAGGUCAGCUGUUCUCUUCUGGCCUCAGCAAUGAUGAAAAACCCAUCCCAUCUGAGAGAACUGGAGCUGAGCGGGAACCAACUGCAGGACACAGGCGUUACGUCACUCUGUGCUUUUCUAUCAACUCCAUUUUGUAAACUGGAGAUAUUAAGACUGAGCAGCUGUGGUCUCUCAAAGACCAGCUGUGAUAGUCUGGCGUCAGCUCUGAGGUCAUGUCAACGGUACCCGAAAGACCUGAAUCUGAGCUACAACCACCUGAAGAAGUCAGACCUGGAUGAGCUGUUAGAGCUCUCGAUGAGUCCAAACUACGGACUAGAGACUCUGAGAUAUAUUCAGUGAGCGAGCGCCCAUGGUGAUUCUGUUAACCAGACAAAGCAUCAUCUGCGUUGGCUGAGACCAUGUCACCCUAUUUAUCCACCUGUAUUUGAUUUCUUUAAUUCCACCUUUGAAUUUAAUGUUGUACUCUCACUAAAUUGCUUGUUUAUUCAAUCGCAAAUAAGCUCACCAAGCAGAAAGCUUCCUUAAAACUUACAGAGAGACUUCAGAAAAAGGCCAGAUGAAAAGAUGAAAAAACAGGAUGGUGGAAAGUAGGUAAGAAAACAUUUGUUUAAUGUUUAAAACCUGCUGUACACCCGGCCCAUAGGAAGGGCCAAUAGAAGAGUGGGGCAAAGAAAUGGGCCCUCAAUAAGUUAAAAAAAAAA